UCUGCCCUUCAGGAGACGGCGAGCUACCACCAGCAGCAAUACAAUCAUCUCCUUGACUCCUUCCUACCGUUAGUUCAACCAAUCGCCUAUUGCACAAGGUUACCAGCAACCCGAUUGACAGGCCAGUUCAUCCGACAGCGAGCUCGGUCGCCGGAGAGAUGGGUUCCGUGGACGAGUCGGCGGCGGCGGCGGUCGCGAUGCCCGCGGCGGAGGAGAAGCCGGCGGUGGUGUUCCGGUCGAAGCUGCCGGACAUCGAGAUCAACAACAGCCAGCCGCUGCACACGUACUGCUUUGGCAAGAUGGCCGAGGUGGCGGACCGCCCCUGCCUGAUCGACGGGCAGACCGGCGCGUCCUACACCUACGCGGAGGUGGAGUCCCUGUCGCGGCGCGCCGCGGCGGGCCUCCGCCGGAUGAGCGUGGGCAAGGGCGACGUGGUGAUGAACCUGCUCCGCAACUGCCCCGAGUUCGCCUUCAUGUUCCUGGGCGCGGCGCGGCUGGGCGCCGCCACCACCACGGCGAACCCGUUCUACACCCCGCACGAGAUCCACCGGCAGGCGGAGGCGGCGGGCGCCAAGCUCAUCGUCACGGAGGCUUGCGCCGUGGAGAAGGUGCGGGAGUUCGCGGCCGAGAGGGGCAUCCCCGUGGUCACCGUGGACGGGCGCUUCGACGGGUGCGCGGAGUUCGGCGAGGUCAUCGCGGCCGAGGAGCUGGAGGCCGACGCCGACAUCCACCCCGACGACGUCGUCGCGCUGCCCUACUCCUCCGGCACCACCGGCCUCCCCAAGGGCGUCAUGCUCACCCACCGCAGCCUCAUCACCAGCGUCGCGCAGCAGGUUGACGGCGAGAAUCCGAACCUGCACUUCCACAAGGACGACGUGCUGCUGUGCCUGCUGCCGCUGUUCCACAUCUACUCGCUCAACUCGGUGCUGCUGGCGGGGCUCCGCGCCGGCUCCGCCAUCGUGAUCAUGCGCAAGUUCGACCUGGGCGCGCUCGUGGACCUGGUGCGCGCACACGGCAUCACCAUCGCGCCCUUCGUGCCGCCCAUCGUGGUGGAGAUCGCCAAGAGCCCCCGGGUCACGGCCGACGACCUCGCCUCCAUACGCAUGGUCAUGUCCGGCGCCGCGCCCAUGGGCAAGGACCUCCAGGACGCCUUCAUGGCCAAGAUCCCCAACGCCGUGCUCGGGCAGGGCUACGGGAUGACGGAGGCGGGGCCCGUGCUAGCCAUGUGCCUGGCCUUCGCCAAGGAGCCGUUCAAGGUCAAGUCCGGGUCGUGCGGCACGGUGGUGCGGAACGCGGAGCUCAAGAUCGUCGAUCCCGACACCGGCGACGCCCUCGGCCGGAACCAGCCCGGCGAGAUCUGCAUCCGCGGGGAGCAGAUCAUGAAAGGUUACCUGAACGACCCCGAGUCCACGAAGAACACCAUCGACAAGGACGGCUGGCUGCACACCGGGGACAUCGGCUACGUUGAUGACGACGACGAGAUCUUCAUCGUCGACAGGCUCAAGGAGAUUAUCAAGUACAAGGGGUUCCAGGUGCCGCCUGCGGAGCUUGAGGCCCUCCUCAUCACGCACCCGGAGAUCAAGGACGCCGCCGUUGUAUCAAUGAAGGAUGAUCUCGCCGGUGAAAUCCCGGUCGCUUUCAUCGUGCGGACAGAAGGGUCUGAACUCACCGAGGAUGAGAUCAAGCAAUUUGUUGCCAAGGAGGUGGUUUUCUACAAGAAGAUCCACAAGGUCUUCUUCACCGACUCCAUCCCCAAGAACCCUUCAGGCAAGAUCCUAAGGAAGGACUUGAGAGCCAGACUCGGCGCUGGCAUCCACUGAGGCCAUAUACAGCAGCGUUUCAGUCGGCCAGAUUGUUGAGAAAAGGCCAUGCAAUAGGUGGUACCAUUCUUCAUGAAAUGGCAGCAGGAGGGGCACCUAAUCUUGUGGAAACAUGUAUGUUGCCGAAAGAGGUUUUAGUUUGUUCGUUGGUUGGCCCUGUGUGUGUAAUGUUCAUAAACGAUAUAUAUAGGUGUAUCUAUAUUGUUUUUGACCAAAAGAACAAGGCUGAUUACGGCAAUACAGUAAUGUAUGCCAUGUUUCAAUGGUAUGGAUUCAUCUUUCAAGUUA